AAGUUUAUAAAAGAAAACGAAAACGCACCGUAGGAGUUCAGUGCCGUAUCAAAAAGCAGAGCGUGCUUUAGUCGCCCAGCAGCAGCAGCCAGCAAUAAACCCGAAAGGCCAGCCACAGAAGCGAGUUGCUUUAAAUUAGAUUUCUAAUCACCCCAAACACACAACAAAAAACAAAGCAAAAUGUCAAGUGCGAGCAACGACAACCCCAUCUAUGGCCCCUUCUUCGGUGUUAUGGGCGCUGCGUCCGCCAUUAUCUUCUCAGCACUCGGCGCCGCUUAUGGCACUGCCAAGUCUGGUACCGGUAUUGCUGCCAUGUCAGUGAUGCGUCCUGAACUGAUCAUGAAAUCCAUCAUUCCUGUGGUCAUGGCGGGUAUCAUUGCCAUUUACGGUCUGGUCGUCGCUGUGCUGAUUGCCGGCCAACUGGACUUGCCGGCCAAUUACACCCUAUACAAGGGCUUCAUUCACUUGGGCGCCGGCCUGUCUGUGGGCUUCUCGGGCCUGGCAGCCGGUUUUGCGAUCGGCAUUGUGGGCGAUGCCGGUGUGCGUGGCACAGCACAGCAGCCACGUCUGUUUGUCGGCAUGAUUCUGAUUCUCAUCUUCGCUGAGGUGUUGGGUCUCUACGGCUUGAUUGUGGCCAUUUACCUGUACACGAAAUAAAUCAAUCAAUUCAACACACACACACACACAACAAGUAGACAAACAGCCCAGCAAUCAACAACAUCAACUACAACAACAACAACAACAACAACUGCAAGUAAAAAGUGUAUCAAAUUGAAAACCAUCCAACAAUAACAACAAAUUCAAAACGCGUUUUGGUGGCAACUCUGGUGGCCGUUUGUAUAUAGCAACAAAAAACAAAAAAAAAAAAAGAAAACAAAACAAAACAAUAACAAAUAACUGCAAUUGAUGAGUUGGGCGCCAGUGUUGCCAUAUUGUCGCGCAUUAGUGUGUACAACAACAAGAAUAACAACAACUAAUAAUGCAACAACAACAAACAACAACAACAAUUUAUAAUUUCUUGUUAUUCAAUUUGAAUGUUUACUUUGCACAUUCGCCUAAAUUGCUGGCCCACUGUUUAGUUUAGUUUUAUAUUUUCCGUUCAAAACAAUUUUGCAGUUCAUAAGUUCAUAAAGUUGUAAUCAAAUAUCAAAUUUGUCUCUUACUUUUCUAUAUCUUUAUUUUAUUUUUUUUGCGCUCCACAAAACGUGUGCUCUUUGUUAUUUGUUUUUUCCAUUAUUAUUAUUAAAUAAUGUUUAGUGUAUAUGUAAAAUUCGUUAACAAACUCUGUAAAGAAAAACAACAACAACAACAAUUGUAAAUUUGCAUACAACAAAUUUAGCGAAAAGGGCCAAACAACAACAAAUAAAUCAAAGCAUUAUCGAACCAACAAUUGCGCUGCACUUGCUGCGUUGGGCAACACUGGCGUCGCCGCCUGGCGUUGCCACCACGCGCAAAAGGCAAAGUUGUUGGCGGGCAAAAAGACACAAAUAAUUACUUGGCAAUACUUCAACAACUGCAAACAACAACAACAACAAAAACCAACUACAUACAAUCAUAAACACACACACACACGCCAACACACACACACACACACACACACGCAUACAAAAUGUAACUAAGUCCUAUGUUUAUUUUUAAUUAUUGUUCAAUUCUAAGAAUAAUAUAUUAAAAAUUAAUAAUAAUAAAUUAUAUAUAUAUAUAAUUAUGAUUUUUUUGUGAUAAGAAAAUACAUAAAAAAUUGUAAUACAAAAUACAAAAACAAAAAACAAUUACGGUAUUGAUAUACAUAAUAUAUAUACACAAUAUAUAUAUAUAUAUACAUAUAUAUUAUAACGAGAAUGAUAAACAAUUAUACAUAUUAACAUGAAAAACUUGUUAUAAACAAAUGCAAAGAAAAGUAAAACAAUACAAAUCAAGAGCAUGAUAAAAAAAAAUGGUAAAUGAAAAUUUCACACACACGCAAUUUUUCCGCUGUUAUUGUAUAGUAAAGAAGAAAAAAAAAAUAUUAUAUAUAUAAAAUAUAUAUUAUGUAUAAAAUAUUAACAUGAAAUUGUAGUAGCAAAAUUGUAAACAACAACCAAUACAACAAAAGUCGUGCAAGCAAAACAAAAACGAAAAAAAAAACCAAAACGUUGACAACAACAACAACAACAAAAUCAACGUUGAAAAAUGCAACAAAAAAAUUGUAAAAUCCCAACAAAUUAGAAGUUAUGCAAAAACCUAAAACAACAACAACAACUCGAUUUGUAUACUAGCAAAUAGCAACAACAAUUUGUAUAUUGUUAUAACAAUAAGAUGAACAACAAAAACAACAACAACAACAAUUGCAACGUGCUGCAGCUGGAAUAUUGUGUGUGCUUGGCCGGUGGGCGUGGCAAGAGCACCCCUGCCCGUUGGCCGCCGAUGCAUUCGUGAUGCUGAGAACGCGGAGGUGACCAACCCGUGCAGCUGGGCGCCCACUAAGCCACGCCCCCCACACACAUACAAACACACGCACACACACACACACCUACGCAGCCGCUCCACCGCGCAGACCACAGGCAACAACAAAAA